GUUUAUGAUACAAAAAAAAAACGAAUUACUCAUGCAUUUCAAUGAUUGCUCAGAUGCUUUAAGUAAAAUAAUUAUUUUGACAUCACAAUCUACUGUGGAUAAAAUCUGAAUGUAAAAUACACAGUUCUUUCGCAUCAACCUCAAUUUGGCCCGCUUAGCGAAUUUCUUCGCAGUUUAUAUAAAACAAAGCUGUUUAUUGUUUUGGUUUUCCAGCAGAAAGUAAAACGGCUCGGGAGUGAAAAACAUACCUGCCAGUUGUUUAUGUUUUCUUCCGUGGAGUCCCCGCCUAAAGUCGCUGGUUUAAAUUUUAAUGAAGUAAUAAUCACUAUCGUAAACUUUGGCCCCUGUCGUGUGCCACGCUUCCUAAAUAAAGCCAUUGGUUGUUAACUUUAUCACACGCUGGUAGUCCAUUCCGGAUUCCUCCAUUAUUGAUACUACACCAUUCGAUAGUCCUUUAUACUACGGUUUUCAUCGCUCGGUUCCACAUUUUGGAAACGAAAUUUUGGGAACCAUAAAACAGCCGGAAACGAAUGAAUUAGAUGUAAAUUUUCAACAACUUUUAAAGCUAGCAAUGGCAAUUGCAUCUAUCAUCCGAAAUUAGGAUGGAACGCUUUGUGAAGUUCGAAGAAUUUCAUUUUCCCAUUCCAGCCAAGCUCUAGGCCGGUGGCAAAAUUCCACUUGAAAAACUUUUCAUGCCUCCCGAUGGAUUUCUUCUGCCACUGGUUACGAGCCGGCGAAUGAGAAAUCGUUUUAUAGUCCAACUGGCAGAGGAUUGCCAUUCAUUCGGCGAUUCGACAGACAUUCCAGGUUGACUAGGUGACUAGGCAGAAAUCUCACACAGCACGACGGUGAAUCACAGUCUGUUGCCGUCCUGUGGGAUGAUAUUUAUGCCAUACAAAUUAGAAUUAGCAUUGUGGUCAUCUGUAAUUCAGUUGGAUUGGUUUCACUGGUUUUAUAAAUUUGAAGAUUAACUUCUUUAUGCAUAGGUGACCAUGCGGUUCCUUUUAUUCUAGUCCAGUUUUUAUUCCUAUCACACAAAAAAGCAACUGCAGUUUUAACGUUUCCUAAUAACUGAAUACCAUUGGAAGAGCUUAAAGUUCUUCAGUGUGGCAAAAUAGUCUGUUCCUGUCGAUUUGGUAGACCUAGAUUUAUUUCACAUCUCUUCUGACAUGAUAAAAGCUGCUGCAAAAAAAUUAAAAAACUCGUACUCUGCAGGACCCGACGGAAUCCCCGCAGUUAUAAUAAGUCGUUGGGUACACGCUUUAGCCGAACCCCUUUGCCAUAUUUAUAACAAAUCUUUCGAGCAAGGCAAGUUCCCCACAGUUUGGAAACAUUCUUACAUGUUCCCGAUAUUUAAAAACGGGGACCGCCGAAACGUUAGGAACUACCGAGGCAUCACUAAUCUUUCUGCUGCAUCUAAAUUAUUCGAAAUAAUUGUGAGUACGUUUAUGCUCUUACGCACGAAGAGUUAUAUUUCUAAUGACCAACACGGCUUUAUGCCUGGUCGUUCAGUAAGUACAAUCUUGCUUGACUUCACGUCGACUUGCAUAUCGCACAUCGAACAAAAAGCUCAAAUAGACGUAAGCUAUACAGAUUUUAAAGCAGUGUUUGAUCGGAUUGACCAUACAAUAUUGCUAAAAAAAAUCUUACGGCUUGGUGCAUCGCAGGGGUUUGUCGGUUGGCUUAGCUCAUACUUAUGCGAUAGAGUACUACGAGUAUACAUUAAUUCCUGCUGUUCAUUCUGUGCCGAACACGCAUCAGUACUGGACGUGUUUGGUGAUCGGUCCGAUAGAGUAUAAAACAAAAGACGUGUGAACAAGUGUUGGCAUUGUUUGCCUGGUCGAGUGAAAUAAAUCCGGGUUCAAGGUCGUUCCUUUGUGCAACUGUUUCGCAUCGUGACUGCCAGCUGGUGCGUAAGCCGAUUUGGCUGCUGGCUGGAUUGUGCUACAGCAGUGGACGAGACACAAAAGAGGAAAAAGAAGAAGCCAUCAGUGUCAGCGAGUCGUAUCGCUGUGUGGAGUGAUCUCACACCUGGCUCGCUGCUGGUGGCUGUUUGGUGCUGCUGUAUUGGUGCUGCUGGCUGUAACGGCUGCUACUUCGAACGAUCGGACAACCAACCUUACUGGAAGGGAGAAAUAAAAAGAUAAUUUAAACAUCAACUCCAAUUGUGUUUGUCGAAUAUGAACAUCGAUAGUGAGGGAUCCUAAAGAACAAAAUUACCUCGGAUCGUCAAUAACUGCCCGUAAUUAAUGCCCCCGCAAACCGUCGCUGGUGUUGUUCGAUGAGCGUCCCGUCCCUCAUCACUUCUUGCUGGGCAGCAUGGUUCGUAUGGCGGGAUCUAAACUGCUGGCCAGACUGCUGCUGCUGAUCUCGUCGGUGACGCUUAUUUCGCUGCUGGCCCUAACCCGGUGCGGUCUCGGUGGUCUGAUUGCAACCGAGAACGGUUUCGUCAACGUUAACGUGCCGUCGUCGGGAAGCUCGUCGGCACUUGAUGAGGGGGACUUUGGAGGUAGCAGUUCCGGCAGCAAUCGAGAACCAGCGGCAGUCGCCGCAUUGUCGGCAUCCAAUCGGUUGGCGCAUGAUGAACAGCAGAAUGGCUAUCUGCAGAUGUUGCAGCAACGGGAAGAGGAAAACAUUAAGGAGGUAGCGAAGUUGACGGCCGAGAUCAAGGCGUUGAAGCUACAAAUUUUGCAGCUCAAAAAUGGUGCUCAGGCUGCGGCAGCUCUUGUCCAGGCUGCUGUACAGCAGGUUCCUUCGGGUGAACUGCUCAACACCAGUGCCGGGGUCAGUGGAUCAAAUUCACCACAAACACCAACCGUGCAUGACUGCUCUGCUUUCAUCCGCAGACAGGUCGGAUCGGCUGAAAUUCUGCAUGGUCUUCCGUUAAACAACGAAUAUGAGCUAAUUCCGUUCAAUCAUUUCACAUUCAGCAGAGUUUAUCCUAUAGAACUAGGCCUGGGAAAGCGAGUUGUAGAAAAACCUAUUGGUUAUAAACGCCGAGAUAUUCUAGGCGCACUGAACAAAGCGAUUGAAACGCUUAACCGCAAUAUAAGUGCGAAUAUGUUGAAAUACACGCUGGAUGACUUUACCGAAGGAAUAUACCGCAAUGAACCGACUACCGGUACGCAAUAUGAGUUGUACUUUCGCACCAAGGAAGCUGGCAAAGCCGGUUCCGGCAGCGGGCAGCACCACGACCAUGGCAAUCAUGGAACGACUAAGUUGAUCAUAAUGCGACCAUUUGCACCCCUGCAAACGGUUCAGAUGGAAGCGUUUCCCAAACAGCAGGAGAAGGAAUUGAUUCACAUUAUUCUGCCCCUGUCCGGGCGAACAUCAACCUUCCAGAGCUUCAUGGACAAGUACGUGAAGAUCGCUCUGAAGCACGACAGACGGGUGCACCUGACGGUGGUGUACUUCGGCGAGGAAGGCCUCUCGGAGGCGCGGUCCAUCAUGAGCCGGGUGAUCGGGAUGAAGAACUCCGGCGGCAAUUCGUCCAAUCUGAAACUGCUCGCACUGAAUGAGACGUUUUCGAGAGCCAAAGCCCUGCGAGUUGGUGCUGAAAAAGUUUGGAGCAGCAAUGUAAAUAAGGAGAAGGACGUGCUGCUGUUCAUGUGUGAUGUAGAUAUAGUGUUUAGUGCAAAAUUUUUAGAUAGAUGCCGCUGGAAUACCAAACCCAACAAGAAGGUCUACUACCCGGUGGUAUUUAGCUUGUACAACCCGCACGUAGUGUACACCCUGCAGGGCAAGGAGGUACCACCGGAAACGGAUCAGCUGCUGAUUUCGAAGGAUUCUGGUUUUUGGCGGGAUUUCGGAUACGGCAUGACCUGCCAGUACCGAUCCGACUUCCUCAAAGUGCGUGGCUUCGACGAGGAAAUCAUCGGCUGGGGUGGCGAAGACGUUAUGCUGUACCGGAAGUAUGUCCGAUCGCAUAUCAAGGUUAUCCGGGCGACGGAUCCAGGCAUUUUCCACAUCUGGCAUCCGAAGGUUUGCACCGGAGUUGCGGCCGGCCAGAAGCUGUCGGUCGAUCAGUACCGGGCGUGCAUACGAUCGCGGGCCCUCAAUGAGGCCUCUCAUGCUCAGCUGGGUUUUCUGGCCUUCCGGGAUGAUAUUGUCGCGAACGAGGGUAAGAUGCUCGGUGGAAUGAAGCAUGCUGCCAAUUCCAGCAAAACGGUGCACAAAAAUGAAGAGCCGAAGAAAGUUACAACUACCGAUGCGAACAGAAAGAGUACAUGAUCCUUUAUGAUACACCAUCAGGAAAGUAUUUGGAGGAUAGAGUUUUAGUCUAGUAGUGAGUAGGAAAUUUGAAUUGGUGCAUGCAUUCCUGAAUACUGGCGGCAAGGUUUCAGCUUGCCGUUUGAUUCUAGUCCGUUGGAAUCGAAUGAAUUAUUUGACUGGUUUUUGACACGAUCAUGACUUGGUCAUGAAGAUUAAAGCUAGAAUUUGUAAAAGUAACAUUACAAAAUAAAACCUUUUUGUAUAUAUUAUAGAAUUAAACUAGUAGAAAUGAAAUUUCCCUUUAUGAGUCUUCAAAGAAAAGAUAUUCGAGACAGUUAGAACUGAACGGUAGAAUCUAAAGAACAUAUUAAGUACAAUCCACGAUCCUACGGAGCAGAGGGUUUUGCUCAAAGCAUAUUUGAGACUUAAGAGCGUACAGCAUAUUCUUGUUAUUUGUUCUGAACGCAAUUUAGUAAGUUAAAUCCCAAAACCAUCUAUUUUUGAUUGUUACACUAUGAUGAUCAGUUCAAGCUACGGUUGUAAAUAGAGCAGAGAGAGAGUCAUUAGGCUAUUUGCUAGAACGUAGAAAAUAGGCUAAUUUGUUCUGUUACUACCAUUCUCAUUUUCUGGUGACCUGAAGCGAGCAGUGAUUAGUUCCAUUAUGACCAAAAAACGUGUAUGAUUUGUUAAUGAAUGAUUUCUAUAUUGACUGUACGAAGGAGUCUGUUAUCAAACAGAAAAGGCCGUUAAAACGAUCACUGCAAUCGUGACGGAACAUGUUCGGUAGAGAAGUAAUAAAUUUUUCGAGAUAUCAAAAGUUUA